AUGGCAACUUCCACACUCGUGUCUUCCUCUAUGCUUAAAUGCAGCUACAGGAGCCAACUUUCUGUGGCGACGAUCAAGAACCCAUCCUCUUUGGGGUUCUUGAAGAGCGUCUCAAAAGCACCGCGCUUAAGGGCAUCAAACUGCUUCAGGGCAUCGGCUAUGGCUGUCUACAAGAUCAAGCUUGUCGGUCCGCAAGGGGAGGAGCACGAGUUUGAAGUCGACGACGAUGUGUACAUUUUGGAUGCUGCUGAGGCAGCAGGUGUGGAGCUGCCUUUCUCGUGCCGAGCUGGAGCUUGCUCCAGCUGUGCAGGCAUAAUCGUCUCAGGCAGCGUCGAUCAGUCCGACGGAUCCUUCCUUGACGAAACGCAGAUAUCCGACGGUUAUGUCCUUACAUGUUGUGCCUAUCCAAAGUCGGAUGCCGUGUUUUUGUGUCAGGAGUUUCAGGUCUGUCUAUUGCGCGUGGAACUACCUACUAUCUCCUUUGUUAUCAGCAUAGCAAAGCCUACUCUUGCGUUGCUUGAUACUGAAACUAUUGUUGCAUUAUAUUCUGGCUAUAAGAAGCUUGCCUGA